CUCCUUGAGCGCGACUCCAAGUCCGCUUGGGACCGUUUCCUCCGCUCCGUCUUCGGCAAUAUCUACUACUACUACUAUUACUAUUACUACCCCGGUCAGCCGCCGCCGCCGCCGUAUUACAGUACCCAUCGCCUACAGAUGGUCUCCUUAUCAUUCCGCGGGGAGACCACUUCCAUUCCCUCCAUGGCGUCCUGGUUGCUCUCGACGCUCCUUUUUCUGAGCCCGUCCUUGGUGUCAGCCAAAUCGGCCGCAGACUAUUAUGUUCACUCCUUGCCCGGUGCCCCCGAGGGGCCCUUGCUGAAGAUGCAUGCCGGCCAUAUUGAGGUGGAUCCACAGAACAAUGGAAAUCUUUUCUUCUGGCACUACCAGAAUCGCCAUAUUGCCAACCGCCAGCGAACUGUGAUCUGGUUGAACGGUGGUCCCGGAUGUAGUUCCAUGGACGGCGCGUUGAUGGAGGUCGGUCCGUAUCGCCUGAAGGACAAUGAAACCUUGACCUAUAAUGAGGGUUCCUGGGACGAAUUCGCCAAUUUGUUGUUCGUCGAUCAGCCAGUCGGAACCGGGUUCAGUUAUGUCAACACGGACAGCUAUCUUCAUGAGCUCGAUGAGAUGUCAGCUCAGUUCAUUGUCUUUCUGGAAGAGUGGUUCAGACUAUUUCCGGAGUAUGAACGCGAUGAUAUCUACAUUGCCGGCGAGUCUUACGCCGGUCAGCAUAUUCCAUACAUCGCCAAAGCCAUCCAGGAACGGAACAAGAACGUUCAAGGGAAGACCAUCGCUUCGUGGAAUCUAAAAGGCCUAUUGAUUGGCAAUGGUUGGAUUUCUCCUAAUGAACAGUACAUGUCCUACUUGCCCUACGCAUAUGAAGAAGGCCUUAUCAAGGAAGGCAGCCGGACCGCGAAGGAACUCGAAGUUUUGCAGUCAGUCUGUAAGUCCAGGCUGGAAACUGGCAAGAACAAGGUCCAUCUCAACGACUGCGAGAAGGUCAUGAAUGCUCUGUUGGAUAAGACGGUCGAAGACAACAAAUGUCUCAACAUGUAUGACAUCCGCCUUCGUGACACCACCGAUGCAUGCGGUAUGAACUGGCCCACCGACCUGGAGGACGUCAAGCCCUACCUGCAGCGGGAAGAUGUGGUUAAAGCGCUUAACAUCAAUCCGGAGAAGAAGUCUGGCUGGGUGGAGUGUUCGGGUGCAGUGAGCAGCGCCUUCAAUCCGCAAAAGUCCCCGCCCUCGGUUCAACUACUUCCCGGCUUGCUGGAAUCGGGACUUCAAAUCCUCCUUUUCAGCGGAGACAAGGACCUGAUUUGCAACCAUGUUGGAACAGAACAGCUCAUCAAUAACAUGAAGUGGAACGGAGGCACCGGUUUCGAGACCUCACCCGGCGUCUGGGCUCCUCGACACGACUGGAGUUUCGAAGGCGAGCCGGCGGGUAUCUAUCAAUAUGCCAGAAACCUGACUUACGUGCUCAUCUACAACGCAAGCCACAUGGUUCCCUACGACCUUCCUCGUCAGAGCCGGGACAUGCUAGAUCGCUUCAUGAAUGUCGAUAUCGCGAGCAUCGGAGGCAGCCCCGCCGACUCGCGCAUUGACGGCGAGAAGCUGCCCCAGACGUCGGUGGGCGGCCAUCCCAACAGCACCGCGGCGGAGGAGCAGGAGAAGGAGAGGAUCAAGGAGACGGAAUGGAAAGCCUACGCCAAGUCAGGCGAAGCCGUUCUUGUCGUCGUCAUUAUCGGUGUAUUAGUUUGGGGCUUCUUCAUCUGGCGCAGCCGCCGGCGUCACCAGGGAUACCGGGGCGUCUGGCAUAAGGACAUGAGCGGAAGCUCUGUUCUCGAGCGGUUCCACAACAAGCGCACGGGAGGCGCAGACGUCGAAGCGGGGGAUUUCGACGAGGCCGAGCUUGAUGACCUUCAUUCUCCAGACCUCGAAAGAGAACACUACGCCGUGGGCGAGGACAGCGACGAGGAUGAUAUUUCACGACAGCAUUCUCGACAGGCCUCCCGAGCCGGGGGCAGUCAUAAUCUAUCCUAGUUCAUCUUUGGUUGGGUAAACUUGUGAUGGUGUAGGUGUAUGGCUUGCUUGGGGUCUUUGCCUUUUGUUUUUGUUUUGGCCACGAAAGGACGUGCCUCCUUAUAUGUGCAUUUAUCAUUUUAUCUAGCUGGCUGCCUGGCAUCAUU